UUAAAGUCAAAUCCUGCAAAUAAAUGGUAAAGAUGGCAGACCAUAAAAAGCCAAAGAAUGUGCAUUUAUCAAGAAAAUAACAUUACAAGCCCCGGCUACGUUGUACAAAUAUAGGUUGCAAUGGUAAAAGUUUGUAAAAGCAGCUAAAUCGGUUUGGCUGGCUUUAGCAUCCUGUAGUUCAAGCAGCAGUGGGAAGGCAGAGAAAUUAAAGGGUUAAAGAUGAAGUGAUGAGCACUGCAGGGCUGCUAAAGGGCUAUCACAUUCUGUGGCCAUAACCGAGCCUGGAGGAGACGAAGGACUUACACACAGUUUAUAGCUAUUGUGGGAUGGUUUACGAUACACCACAUGCAGCAAGAAGAGAAGCUGAGUUAAUGAGAUUAGCUAUCUGGAAGACGGCUCUGGAAGCAGAGCAACAUGCUAAGAGGAAACAGCGCUCUUGUAAAGCAGAAGUCCAGUCCUUGCUUGGCGAAGGAUAUGCCUCGUCAGUUCCCUAAGAUCACCCUGAGUGAGGCCGAUGAGGAGGUGCGGCUGCUGGCCGAGAGGGUCUACGCUUCGGCCCUGAAGGAGGAGGGCAAUAAGGAUGUGAUAUCCAUGUUCACGGUCCCUGAGGAGGACUGUCCCAUCGGUUUCCGCCAAGCCAAGGAGAGGGAGCUGCUCAGGGAGCUGGCAGAGCAGCAUUCAGAGGAGAGCACCAAAAGGAAGAAGAGUUUCAAGAUGAUCCGUUCCCAGUCCAUGUCUUUGCAGGGCGUAGCCAAUCCAGAGUGGACGCGCUCACUGGGGGCCACGCCCUUUGUGUCCCCGAGCUCCACCUGCUCCUCUUUGCUAGAAGGCCUUCCGGAAUACCAGAGGGUCACCAUAAGUGGAGACUACUGUGCUGGGAUCACAGUGGAGGACUAUGAACAGGCGGCAAAGAGCCUCCUGAAGGCUCUGCGUAUUCGUGAGAAGUAUUCAAAACUAGCAUAUCACCGAUUUUUCCGAACCACGUCAAAGUACCUCCGCAGUACUGAGAACGAGCUAUGGACCGAGGAAGAUGAGGUCUUGCCGGAUGUCUGCCCAUGUCCAAGGAAUGGAGAGGAUCCCUACAGCAUGGAGAACAUCCCAGAGAAUCUGGGCUUUGAACUGAAAAUGAAAGAUGGGAUUGUGAACGUCUAUGACAAUCUUGAGGCUCUGAGGGAGAACAAACCUCGGAACCUCCCAUACCCAGACUUGGAGACUUUUGCGAUAGACCUAAGCCCCGUGUUGGCUAUGAUUGCAGAUGGACCCACGAAAACCUAUUGCCACAGACGACUAAACUUCCUAGGUUCAAAGUUCUACCUUCAUGAAAUGCUCAACGAAAUGGCAGAGCUCAAGGAACUGAAAGGAGUGCCGCACAGAGAUUUCUACAACGUCAGGAAGGUAGACACACACAUCCACGCCGCAGCAUGCAUGUCCCAGAAGCACCUGCUGGCCUUCAUCCAGACCACCUACAAGACGGAGGCCGAGCGAGUGGUGCUGGAGAAGGAUGGGCAGCAGAUGACUCUCAGGGAGGUCUUCCACAGCCUCAACAUGGACCCAUACGACCUCACCGUGGACUCCCUGGAUGUACACGCGGGGAGACAGACUUUCCACCGGUUUGACAAGUUCAAUUCCAAGUACAACCCAGUGGGAGCAAGUGAACUGCGGGAUAUCUACCUGAAAGCUGACAACUUAAUCCACGGAGAGUACUUUGCCCGGAUUGUAAAGGCAAUGGCCCACGAUCUAGAAGAGAGUAAGUACCAGCACGCAGAGCCCCGCCUGUCCAUUUACGGACGCUCUCCAGAUGAGUGGGACAGCUUGUCCAAGUGGUUUAUCGACCACAGAGUGCACUCUCCCAACAUGAGAUGGAUUAUUCAAGUGCCCAGAAUAUAUGAUAUUUUCAAGUCAAAGAAAUUGAUCCCAAACUUUGGAAAGAUGCUGGAGAACGUGUUCUUGCCUCUAUUUGAGGCCACUGUUAACCCUCAGAAGCACAAAGAGCUUCAUGUCUUCCUCAAAUAUGUCACUGGAUUUGACAGUGUGGACGAUGAGUCCAAACAUAGCGACCACCUGUUCUCUUACAAGAGCCCCAAGCCAGAGCAGUGGACCGCAGACAACAACCCGCCGUAUAGCUACUACCUCUUCCACAUGUACGCCAACAUCAUGGUUCUCAACAACCUUCGGAGAGAGCGCGGCAUGAGCACCUUCCAGUUCCGUCCACACUGCGGAGAAGCUGGCUCCAUCACUCAUCUGGUGUCUGCUUUUCUCACCGCUGACAACAUCUCACAUGGGCUCAACCUCAAGAAGAGCCCUGUGCUGCAGUACCUGUACUACUUGGCCCAGGUACCCAUCGCAAUGUCACCACUGAGCAACAACAGCCUCUUCCUGGAAUAUUCCAAAAAUCCUCUGAGAGAGUUUUUGCACAAGGGCCUCUGUGUCUCCUUGUCCACAGAUGACCCCAUGCAGUUCCACUACACCAAGGAGCCAUUGAUGGAAGAGUACGCCAUUGCGGCUCAGCUGUGGAAGCUCAGCACCUGUGAUGUGUGUGAGAUAGCAAGGAACAGUGUCCUGCAGAGUGGCCUCUCUCACCAGGAAAAGCAGCACUUCAUCGGAGGGAACUACUUGAAAGAUGGACAUGAAGGGAAUGACAUCCGCCGCACUAAUGUGGCCCAGAUCCGGUUGGCCUACAGACACGAGACACUGUGCAACGAACUCAGCUUCUUAGUAGAGGCUGUGAAGUCUGACGCCAUGAACUCAACGUCUGAGUGAAGUAUAUCCUCAACAGAGGAUCCCAGCAUGACUUGCCAAAGUGCUCAAUAUUUACCAGUUACUCAUACAUUUUUUCUGCAACAGCACUCAAAAGCUUUAAUGGCAGGGAAAUCCGAUAACAGGAUAUUAAAUGCAAUGCAUUGCUGAUUGUUUCAUAACCAUUAUCACUGAUGUUUCCACAGAUAGAGAUCCCAUCUGCAUAUAGCCAUCUCUGAUCAUUAACACUGACCUCUGUUAUCUGAACCUGGGCACAAUAUGUUUGGGUGCCCGUUCUCUUGCACAUAUCUUCUGUUGCAAACCAGGAUGAAUGACACUCUUAUUUACAAGAAAAUACCGGCUCUGCUAUUUGCAAUCUCCUAACUGUGGAGAACCCCCAGUGCAAUGUUCAUUAUCUGUAGAGAAUGGUAGAUUGACUUUAAAUACUAUGGAUAUGCAUAUAGAUGAUUUCCACAGACAUAGAGAUAUUUUAGUAAGGUUGAUGUGUUUUAUUAAGCCCUGUUUAUGAGGGUUGUCUUGACUCAGUAUUGUCAGUACUGCAAAUGAUGUUAAUAGAGUUGACGACCCGGUUUCAUUCAGUUUCACUGUAUAAAGUAUAAAAAUAUUUA